GCGGAAGUCUAUUGCGUCUGUCAGCAGCAGUUGGUGCAGUUGACAAACCUGUUUCUUCCUGUCUUUACCCAAACUCACACUUUGACAUUUAGAUAAUGAAGGGAUUCAUUAUAUUAGCGCUCAUUGUGAGUGUCAUCUGUCCUGUGGUUCACAUGGUUGAUGUCUUUGUGUACGGCACGCUGAAAAAAGACCAGCCCAACUACUUCAGGAUGAAUAACACUGCCAACGGUCAGGCUGAUUUCCUCGCUCGCGCUCGAACCGUAGAGCCAUACCCGCUCGUGAUCGCCACCAAAUACAACAUCCCCUUCCUGCUCAACAUGCCCGGGACUGGUCAACGCGUCUACGGUGAGAUCUACCGCGUGGACCAGAAGAUGCUGGAGUUUCUGGACAAGUUUGAAGGUUGUCCAGAGAGGUACCAGCGCACCGAGGUCCAGCUGGAGGUGCAGGACGGCGACGGUGAAGGAGAAAACACACUGAAGCCUGGAAGCAUCGUGGAGGCGUUUGUGUACAGCAAGAAUACAUAUGAACCCGAGUGGCUCCAGACACCAACAUAUGAGAGUUAUGAUGCGUCCGGUGAUCACGGACUGACAUAUGUGAUUCCUGAGGACAGAAGCCCUGAGUAAUGACUGUAUAGGUUCUGCUUACCAUGCUCCAAAAUUAACAUUUUAAAUUUGAUCUUGCAUUUUUACAUGCGAUCUAUUAGUUUUGACAUAUUCCUGUAUGGAAUAUUUCAGAACACAAAAAAAAAAAUCUUGAGGCAUCCAAGAUCAACUUCUGAUCUAGGAUUUACAUUCUCCAGUAUCUGAUCAUUUAGUUUUAUAAACUAUUGGCAAGUGUUCAUUUCCAGUACUGUAUGUGUAUAUUCAGAUAUCAGGUAAUUGUACGCAUGCUGUCCUUCUGUUUAUUUGUAUAUAUGCUGUAGAAGUGUUUGUUAUUAAUACACUUACUACAAUAAAAUCAUUAAUUCAGAAUUUUUUGUAAAUUGGAGCGUGACAAUGGAGUUGAGGAUCCAAAUGCAGGCUUUAUUUUACCAAGGUGUGUGCAAACAGACAGGGCCCAACAACAGCAAAACAACAACAUCCAUCCAAGGUAAACACAAAAGAGUAAUCCAAGAAACAGGCAGAAAACAAUUCAAAACAAGGUAAACAGCCCAAGGUCAAAAACACGAAGGUAAGGAAACCAGGAAACAAACUGAAGCUGAAGACAAAUAUACAAUACUCAGCAAUGAGUGUGUGAGAGUGUCCAACUUAAAUAGUCCUCCUGAUUGGAAACAGGGUUAUGGGAAAUGGAGUCC